GCAUUUCAACUCACAACUCAUACUACCCAGCCACUUUAAUCAAACCUUUGAUAAAAUUAAGCCACAUAUUGACAUAUGUCUCUCAACGUGGUCAGUGUAGCUUCUCAAGCCCCUCCUACCCUGAAUGCCUCUACUGAUGCCGGUAGUCGACGUUCGGCUAAUUUCCAUCCCAGCAUUUGGGGAGAUCAGUUUCUGUCUUAUAACAACACUAUGGAAACUAACAUAAAUGGUGAGCAACAUGUCCAACAACUGAAGGAAGAAGUGAAGAGAAUGCUAAUGGCUCCGCCAGUUCAAACAAGUUUGGGAAAACUGGAGUUGAUUGAUGACAUUCAACGCUUGGGUGUGUCUUACCAUUUUGAAUACGAAAUUGACCAAACUCUGCAACAAAUUCACCACAAUUUUAAUGGUUACUGUGAUGAUGAUCUGCACACUUGUGCUCUUCGUUUUCGCUUGCUGAGGCAGCAUGGUUACAAUGUUUCAUGCGAUACGUUCAACAAGUUCAAGGACAGUGAUGGAAAAUUGAACAAAUCGCUUCACGAUGAUGUAGUGGGACUACAAAGCUUGUAUGAAGCCACACAUCUUAGAGUACGAGGAGAGGAUUUUCUAGAAGAAGCACUGACCUUCACCACCACACAUCUAGCGUCGGCAGUGCUAGCAAACCGUUUAAGCCCCCCGCUUUCGAAACAAGUAAGGCAUGCCUUGAAUCAACCACUCCGGAAGGGCUUACCGAGGCUAGAAGCGAGGCACUACAUGUCUCUCCACCAGGAACUACACGGAUCACGUAACCAAAUUUUGCUGAGUUUUGCAAAGCUGGAUUUCAACCUGCUCCAACAAUUGCAUCAGAAAGAACUAAGUGAUAUUGCAAGGUGGUGGAAGGAGUUGGACUUUGCAAGCAAGCUACCUUUUGCAAGAGACAGAGUAAUUGAGUGCUACUUUUGGAUUUUGGGAGUCUACUUUGAGCCCAAGUAUUACUUUGCCAGGAGGACACUAACCAAAGUUAUUGCCAUGACAUCCAUUAUCGAUGACAUUUAUGAUGUGUAUGGCACGCUUGAAGAACUAGACCUUUUUACUAGAGCAAUUGAGAGGUGGGACAUCUCCGCCAUGGAUGAACUACCGGAGUAUAUGAAAGUCUGUUACGAGGCACUGUUAGAUGUCUAUGCUGAUACAGAACAACAGCUUGCAAGCGAGGGAAGAUUAUAUCGUAUCGAUUACGCAAAAGAAGCGAUGAAGAGACAAGUUGGGGCGUACCAUGCUGAAGCAAAAUGGUUUCACAAGAACUACACACCAACAAUGGAUGAAUACAUGGAAGUAGCCCUUGUCACUUCAGCCUACUCAAUGCUAGCAACCACAUCCUUUGUUGGAAUGGGAGAUAUCGUUACAAAAGACUCCUUUGAGUGGAUCUUCAGUGACCCUAAGAUUGUAAAGGCUUCAUCAGUAGUUUGCAGAUUCAUGGAUGACAUUGUAUCCCACAAGUUUGAGCAAAAGAGAGGACAUGUUGCCUCGGCUGUGGAAUGUUACAUGAAACAAUACGGUGCGACAGAAGAACAAACCAUAAUUGAAUUUCGUAAACAAGUGAGUGAUGCAUGGAAGGACAUAAAUGAAGAGUGCCUCCACCCUACACCUCUUGACAUGCCCCUCUUAAUGCGAGUUCUGAAUCUCACACGCGUGAUAGAUGUAUUAUACAAGCAUGAAGAUUGCUACACUCAUGCUGGAACCAUUCUCAAAGAUUUUGUAGCUUCUCUACUUAUCGAACCUGUGCCUGUGCCUGUAUAAGUGGAAACUGGGAACUUGUUUUAUUUAUUAUAAGUUGUUGGAACUUGGCUGGUUUAGUUCCAAGAGUCUAUUGUAAAACGCAAUCCUUUAAAGUUGAUCGUGGGAAUCUAAUAAGUUUGCGUGCGACUAACAAAAGCUGAACUUUUGUUUAGUUGCGACUUUGACAUUUCAUAUAUAUAAUAAUGGAAAUAAAUUCACGAGUCAUCUUGUAUCUCAA